AUGGUCAGCGUGGCCGAGUUCCCCACGCUGCGGAGGUAUAUCAUGGCCCGAACAGGCGACACGGAGCUGUCCAUUCUUCUGAUGGCAAUGACGCUCGCCUGCAAGGCCACCGCGCGAGCCUGCAACAAGGCGGGCAUCGCGGACCUGUUCGGACUUGCUGGCCACGUGAACGCCAGCGGCGACGACCAGAAGAAGCUGGACGUGCUGGCCAACGACAUGUUCAUCGACGCACUGGUGAACAGCGGGACCUGCGCCGUGCUAGUCUCCGAGGAGAACGAGGAGCCCCUCUUCGUGCCCAAGGAGAAGGCCGGGCGCUUCAUCGUGGCGUUCGACCCGCUCGACGGUAGCAGCAACAUCGACUGCAACAUCAGCACUGGAACCAUCUUCGCCAUCUACGACAGGAAGACCAGCGCCGAUGGGCCUGCCACCAUGGAGGACGUCCUACGCACAGGCCACGACAUCAAAGUGGCCGGGUAUUGCAUGUACGGGGCCGCCACCGAGCUAGUGAUAACGUUCCAGAGCCACGGGGUGCACCGCUUCACGCUGGACCCCUCGCUCGGGGAGUUCGUGCACACCACGGCGCACGUGAAGUUCCCAGAGGACGGCGGUAAGACUAUCUACAGCUGCAACGAGGGCCACAGCAAGGACUGGGAUCCCGCCAUGCAGGCGAUAGUUCGGAAGUGGAAGCAGGGCGCGAAGCCCUACAGCGCCCGCUACGUCGGCUCCAUGGUCUCGGACGUGCACCGCACCAUCCUGUACGGCGGCGUGUAUCUCUACCCCGCGGACAAGAAGAAGCCGAACGGCAAGCUGCGCAUCAUGUAUGAGGGUUUCCCCAUGGCCAUGAUCGUGGAGGCCGCGGGGGGCGCAGCUUCGUGUGGCAUUUUCGGGGGCAAGAUCCAGCGGAUACUGGACAUCAUGCCCGCGCGCAUCCACGAAACGUGCCCCGUCAUCAUGGGAUGCAAGCGCGAUGUGGAUGCAGUCAUCGAGGAGUACAGGCUGCAAGGCCUCCCUGGUGCCUAG